UGUAUUAGUAACAGCUUUCUGUCAUCCAUGUGAACGGGCGAGUGUCCCUGAAGAGUGUGCCCAAAGUACAUAAAAAUACAGAUCAUCUGUGCGUAAGUCAUCUGCGAUUGCGAGUUUUCUAAAUUUUCAUCACAAAGGAGUACUUACAGAUAGCAUUUAAUCAAACAGUUAUUUUAGAGCCGCAAUGGGUUGCGAUGGCGGAACUAUUCCCAGGAGAGAUGAGCUUGUCAGGAUCAAAAAAAAGCCCGAAUCGAAGGAUAAAGACGCCGAGCUGGCAUUCCUUUGGAAAUGUUGCGCGAUAACGCAGGAACUUUUGCAGGAGCCUGUGGUGGUUUGCCACCUCGGCAAGCUUUAUAACAAAAUGGCCCUGAUCGAGGCGUUGCUUGACCGAAGCUCAUUAGCCGAAGAAUUUAGACACAUCAGGAGCUUGAAAGACGUGAAGGAUUUGAACUUGACGAAGAAUCCGGAAUAUAAAGACCAGGAUAAGAAAAACGAGCCGUCUCGCGACGAGUGCGCCCCAUAUAUCUGUCCCGUGCUGGGUUUGGAAAUGGGUGGCAAGUUUAGGUUCGUAGCUCUGUGGAGCUGCGGUUGCGUAUUCUCCGAACGGGCCUACAAAGAAGUUAAUUCACGGACCUGCCACAAGUGUAACAAAACCUUUGAAGAUGACGACGUCGUGGUACUUAACGGAACCGUUGACGACUUGGAGCUCAUGAAAAAGAGGAUGCUCACUAGACAGAGACUGAUGAGAGCGGUGAAAGACAAGAGAAAAAUUAACGGUGAACUCCAACCUAAAACAAUGAAGCAAUCGAGCAGUGUUUCGAAGUGUGAGGAGUCCAAACCGAAGAAAAUUAAACUGGAUGAACCCGUGUCGUCAUCCCGAAUCGGUAACGUCAUUGCCACCGGCAAAGUAUCCAAGGCCGAGGAGUUGAGGAAGAUGAAGCCCGAUUACAGCAUCGCAAAAGACAAAAAAGCGACAGACGUUUAUAAGUCCAUAUUCACCAGUCACAAGUCGGAAAAAGAACAGGACCGCGCUCACUGGGUCACUUAUAAUCCGUUUUAUAAUUAAAUUAUUUACCUUUUUGUCGUUUGUAUUUCAUUGCAUUCAAUAUUCUAAAUAUUUACGAUACUAUUGGUUUUAUUUCCAACAAUAUCUGAAAACUUAAUUUUGGUGGAUGUAAUGCCGUGAAUAAAUACGUGGUUUUACGG